AUGACAAAAAUUAAAGAAGCCCCUGUUUUUUAUCCUACACGAAAGGAUAUGUUAGGCUCCUUCGAAAAGUACAUAGGGAAAAUAGAGUCCGAACUUGCACAGCACGGGAUUGCAAGAAUAGUUCCACCACGAAGUUGGCAACCACGGCAAAGUGGAUACAAAAGCCUGCAAUUUGUUUCGGAACAACCGAUUAAACAGCAUGUAGUAGGAAGCAAGGGCUUUUUUCGAACAGUUCUUGUAGAAUGCAAGCCGACGUCGAUUCAGAAAGAGUUUAAAGUUAGAGCAGGAGCAGCUGAAAAUCAACCAUCACAAGCAGCAUUGAAAGAUAACUCACUUUUAGAACGCGAGUUUUGGAAAAAUAUAACAACUUCUCCUCCUGUGUAUUGCGCCGAUAUACCUGGAACACUGUUUGAUAGAAAUAUAAAGGGAUGGCAAAUGUCAGAUUUAAAUACUAUCUUAACACGUACUUUGAGGAAGAAUGGUUCAAAUAUACCAGGUGUAAGUUCUGCAUACCUAUAUUUUGGAAUGUGGCGUUCUUUAUUUGCGUGGCACACGGAAGAUGCUGACCUUUACAGCUUGAACUAUCUUCAUUUUGGGGCACCAAAGUUUUGGUAUUCAAUUGCUCCAUGUCAUAGGGAACGUUUUGAAACAUUAUUACGUGGGAGAUUCCCUGAACUAUCUAGCUCAUGCCCAGAAUUUUUACGGCAUAAGGAGUUUCUUGUGUCUCCUACGAUUCUCCAUCAGAAUGGCAUACCAUUCUAUCGAUCCAUGCAGUAUCCGGGCGAAUUUAUCGUUACUUAUCCGGGAAGCUAUCAUAGUGGAUUUAAUUGUGGAUUUAAUUGCGCAGAAAGUACGAAUUUUGCUACUCGCGCAUGGAUACCUAUCGGUAGAAGGGCAAAUAUUUGCAAAUGUGUCAGUGAUUCAGUUCGCAUUGAUAUGUCUUUAUUUAAGUUUGAGGACAGAAAAAUCCCACAACAAUCAGAAGAGCGUAAAACACGGUCUGGGAACCUGAAUUAUACUACGAAAAAAAAAAAACGAAAGAGUAUCUCUUCGAAUCAUUCAACGAAACAAUGUGUAUCUACCAUUAAGCUAAAGAAAUCGAUACUGAAAGGAGCUCUAAAAAGAGUGGCUUGCUCCAGGAAAAGACUCAGAUACUCAAAAUUGCUUGCGUUAUUGGAGCAGGAUCUAAGCCUUACUCCAGGAUCUCUUAAGAAUAUGAAAGAUGAGUUGAUUGUUAUAAAAGAUUUAUAUCGCUGCUGA